UCCGACGACGACAAAUCUCUCCUCAACGUCGACUUCGAAUGGUUCCCACCCAACGAAUCAGUCGACUUCCACGGCCUCAAAACUCUUCUCCGCCAACUCUUCGACGUCGACAAUCAACUCCACGAACUCUCCUCCCUCACAGACCUCAUACUCUCUCAAACCCACAUCGGCUCGACCGUAAAAUGCGACGGCGAAGAGUCCGAUCCUUACGCCUUCCUCACCGCUUUACCGCUCUCUCAUCUCCGGGCGGGAAACCCUGCACUGCAAACACUGGCAACAUAUUUCCUCUCCCGCUCCCAAUCUUCCACCAGCCCCGGCCUAGCAGAAACCCUCACCACCCUCCUCGAUGAAGACUCAAAAGCCAACAUCGGCCUCAUCCUCACGGAACGCUUCAUCAACAUGCCCCAUCAAAUCAUCCCGCCACUCUACACCAUGCUACAAUCCGAACUCUCCUCGGCCAUCUCCUCAGAACCACAAUUCAAAUUCACGCACUACCUCUUCCUCUCAAAAACCUACACGGAAGUCGCAAGUCAAUUGGAUGCCAAAGAUGCGCAACCGAGUAAGAAGUCGAAGAAGGAGAAGAAAGCGGCAGGCAAGGAGGAGGUGUUUUAUUUCCAUCCGGAAGAUGAGGUUUUGCAGAGGUUUGCGGUUGUGAGUGGAGCGUUUGAGUAUGAGAAGCAGGGCGAGGAGGGAGCGAGUGAUGCAAAGAGGGCGUUUCAGGAUUUGGGGGUGAGGCCGCAGGGUUUGAUUAUGGUUAUUGAGGCGGCGAGGUUUGAGAAGGCGGUGGAGGCGGUUGUGGAGUAUUUGAGC